AUUCUACCCUAGGACUACUCUACCUCUCAUUGCCAUGGCGAACAGCUGUCUCCAGCUCAGCGGUUUUGUGAUGAGUUGUAUCGGCUGGGUCGGGAUCCUUAUCGCCACGGCCACCAACGACUGGGUAGUGACAUGUAAAUACGGCAUGAACACCUGCAAGAAGAUGGACGAGUUAGGAGCCAAGGGCCUGUGGGCUGAAUGUGUCAUUUCAACCGCCCUCUAUCACUGUAUAUCACUGACACAGAUAUUGGACCUACCGGCAUACAUCCAGACGUCGAGGGCGUUGAUGAUAACUGGAUCCCUCCUGGGGCUGCCUGCAGUGGGGAUGGUCCUAACAGCCCGCCCUGCAUCUCUCUGGCUCUGUGUGGGGGUGUCCACAGUAUGGUUUCCUAUCGGAGCCCACCAGGACCAGGGACUCAUGUCGUUUGGGUUCAGCCUGUACGCUGGCUGGGUGGGCACGGCCUUCUGUCUCCUGGGAGGGGCCAUGAUCACCUGCUGUUCUACUGAACCGUCCCAACACUACAAUCACCAUGACAACGACAGAUUCUACUACUCCAAGGACAGGGGCUGGCAACCCUGUUCCACCCUCCACUAA